AUGGACUUUCUUUCCGGAAGUUACCAAGUGAACAGGGCCUCAGACUCUAUGACAAGCGUCUACCCUCCGGCAGUUUCGUCCCAGCCCAGUAGUCGACCCUUUGACGGCCCAGUCACUUCGACACCCGAGUCCCAGCGCAGCGUCAGAGAUAAUAAUCCAUCGGAACCGUUAGUUCCCUUAUCCAUGAGUGGAGCGGAACCACAUGCCACGCGACCUUCUGAGGGCCUGCUGCCAUCCAACGGAGUGACGGAGGCACAUACGGGAGUGCCCAGAACAGAAGCAGAGGAGCCUUUGUCGGCGUACAGUGGGCGAUCCAACGACGUCGAAGACUCAGCUGUGUCUUUCCUGCACGAUGAAGGCAGUGUGACACCACAGGCGACGAUGUCUGGACCCCCCACAUCCGCGGCGCCGAGUCCAGGCUCGCAGGCGGACAAAGAUGAUAUGACUGGCUUUCCUCGGGGCGGCUACAUACCUCCGUUUGCGGUUUUCUCAGCCGAGCCCUCCGGACGUGCAAGUGCACGAGGAGGCCGCGGAAAUCCGAGGCAAGAGUCGAGCGAACCUGGCGCUCUACUAUAUGGAGACCUGGAUGAUUACCUAGAAAACGCGAAGGAUCCCUACGCCAGCCAACUCGCAGCUCUCUCUCGAGGAGCUGACAAAGAAAGAACGGUUACAGCGACAUCCACCACUCCGCCUUACACGUAUUCACCUACAUACAACCCAUACAGUGACAAUAUUGACGUCGAUCAGAUCCCUGACAGCCCGUACCAUAAUUAUGCGUAUGCAGAAGAUCCUUUUCCUAGUCCCUAUAGCACGCAUUCUCGGCUGGAGAAUUAUGGGACCGAGUUCAACAAUAGAUAUUAUCAUGAACAACGUAUCUCUCCCAAUAUAUCGUGGAACGAAUACACACGUAGGAAGAAAGAAGCAGACGAAGCUCGCAAGCGAGAAGAGCAAUUGCAGCAAGAAGGGCGCAUCGGUGUGCUGGAAGCAGCAGAUUCGUCCUUCCAGGGCCUAAUUGGGUUUCCAUACGAGCCACGUCGCAGGACAAAUCGGACGUCCCGAUCGUAA